GUGUCAGCUGACUAUUACGACCAAACAGCGGCUUCCAAUCUCCGUUCCUAACUACAAGACGACAAGAAAAUAAUUUCCCCUGUGCGCGCAAUCGCAACUUUCCAACGUAGACUGGACGGCUGCUCGCCGCGAUUUGCAGGCGAGCCCCCUGCGCCGACCGCACGAUGAACGUCGGUGCCCAGCGAGGCCUGGCCAGCUCGGGGCAGAAGCACAUCGCUGAGAUUCUACACCCGUUGUCCGCCGCCGACGAGUCGCUGUCCCCGGGGCCAGAUGUCACCGUUACCGCCGGGGGCGACAAGGAGGCAGGACUGUCCAAUGGCACGCCAAUGGACACACCGAGUCCCGCCUCAGCAUCCUCGCUGUUCAGUAGGUUGCAGCUGGACGACGACAUCGAGUCAGACCCCCGGGACUACUACGACUCCACCGAAACGCGGGACCUGUUUGUCACGGUGGAUGACCCGAAGAAGCACGUCUCUACAAUGGAGACCUACAUCACCUACAGAGUGUCCACCAAGACAACGCGGAUUGAAUUCGACCUUCCGGAGUACUGUGUGCGACGCCGCUAUCAAGACUUCGAUUGGCUGAGGAUCAAACUGGAGGACAGCCAGCCCACCCACCUCAUCCCUCCUUUGCCGGAGAAAUUUGUGAUGAAGGGCGUGGUGGAUCGUUUUUCGGAAGAGUUUGUCGGAACUCGCAUGAAAGCGCUGGACAAGUUCUUGAAGCGGGUUGCAGAUCACCCAGUCCUGUCCUUCAACCCGCAUCUCAACGCUUUCCUGUCUGCUAAGGAUCUGAACAAGCGGCAGGGUCUGGCUCUGCUCACCAAGGUGGGCGAGUCGGUGAAGCACGUCACCGGAGGCUACAAGCUGCGAGCGCGGCCGCCCGAGUUCUGCGCCAUGGGAGAAUACCUGGACACUUUUAGCCAAAAAUUGGGCACCAUCGACCGUAUUGCUCAGAGGAUCCUCAAAGAGCAGUCAGAGCACUUGACUGAGCUGCGCGACUAUGGCGCCGUGUACUCGAGCUGGACGGGCUCGGAAGGGGAACUGCAGCGCCCCCUGGAGGGGUUGGCGAGUUCCGUUUCGACGUGUUGCGGGGCGAUGGAUGAGCUGUGUGAGAACAUGGGCCAGGACUUCCUACCUGUACUACGGGAGUAUAUGCUCUACAUCGAGUCCAUGAAGAAUGUUUUGAAGAAGCGCGACCAAAGUCAGGCAGAGUACGAGGGACGCCUGGAAGCCGCCCUUCUGCGCAAACAGGAGGACAGAACACCUAUGCCGCCCGAGGUGGAGCGGUGCCAGGACAAGGUGGAGUGUUUCAACGCCGACCUGAAGGCCGACUGGGAGCGCUGGCAGAGCAACAAGCGACAGGACUUCAAGCAGCUUCUCGGUGGCAUGGCCGACAAAAACAUCACUUACUACGAGAAGUGCCAAGCAGCAUGGGAGUCGCUCAUCAAUGUCCUGCAGGACAAACAGACCGAAGACCAAACCAGCGAGACGGACUGAAGCAAGCGCCUUUAACCCGCUCGCCCCGGUGACUUUUGUCCAGCACGCACUUUUUCACGCCAAGGACCGAGCAGGCCUUUGGACUCCCAAACGAAGGACCGCGUCCCCCUUUUUCCAGAGUUGACUGUCAUCAUCGGACCUUUCCGGGAAGCUGCGACCGCAGCGUACACAGUAUGUGUACGUGUCAACUGAUCAUAGAGUGGCGACUUUCUAUCGACAGCCAUUCUUUUUCACGCCGUUGCUCUUUUUCUACGUCAUAUCAUUUAACAGUUGCCAAUGCUGCUUAUGUAACUACACGCAAAGGAGACGUGUUUUUUUUCUCAUCCUUUUUACAGUGUGAGACAAGGGUACUAUUAUUAUUAUUUUCUUUUUUUUUUUGGUCCCUUUGGUCAGUCAGCUUCUCAGAUAAAGCCACAGGCUCAUUCCGAUCUUGGUCAAGAUUGUUUUGCAAAGGUUCGCAGAUAUUUUGGUGUCCUUUGACUUUGUUCACGAGAAAAAUCUAUUUACAGAAAGGUGAAAUUUGCCACGCCACCCGCGUUUCACUACAAGGAAUUGAAAGUGCUGCGGCAACUUUGCGUGAUAAGCUCAGAUGAGAACGUUAGCUCGGUCAUUGACUUCAGCUCAAAGGGCCAAGAAGGAGCUGCGUUAAGCUAUUUCAUUUAUUCUUGUUUUGUUGAUUUCUGGCAAACUUCUGCAAGUUUGUUACUUGGCGACUAAAAUGGCCUAUUUUUUUUUUUAAUGGCGAUAUUAAGAAUGACUCAUUUUGUGUGCAACUGAACAUGACUGAUAUGAAGUCAAUUGCCUGGUCCAUUCCUGUUCGGAGGCAUACUAACUUGCUGUAUGAACUUAAAAAAAACUAACAAAAAAAAGCACAAAAAGUAUGAGGGAAUUGUAAUUUCAGGAUUGUUGUGAUUAUAUUUAACGUUACGUACCGCUUAGGGAUGUGCCUGAUCCUAAGUCGGCUUGUAUCCCAAGCAAAUGUUCUGCUGCAUUUGGCUAGAAUCUAGUGAGGAGUCGACAUCUAUUGAUGCCUUUGAGUGAAAGUGGCAGUGGUUAGAAUUUAAACAAAUGAUAAUUGUUUCAAGUUUUGUUUCGUGUAAAUGAUCCCAAAUGUACAACCGAGAAAUUGCCGGAGGAUCCAUUUAAUGUGAAACGGGAAGCAUUAAGAAGGGAUGACACAAUCUUACUAACAAUAUGAAGGAAUUGACUUUUUUUUUUUUUUAAACCUCAACAGCAUAGCGUCUAUUUUUUGAUAGAGCUUCAUGUCGAGUUUUUGCCUGCUGGUUAAUGCACAAUGCAGGAUUCAUCCCAGCUUAAACCUUUUCUUGAAAAUGUCUUUUGAUUUGACAAAAGUAUCAAAUCUGGUGAUGAUUUUGCCUUUGUGCUUUGAUCUUGCUUGCCGAAUGUUUAUCAACAGGUUGAAAGCCCAAAUGGGAACAAGAUGACAGCUGCCAACAUAUUCUGUAUCAAUAAUUAGUUUGAAUGUACUGUACUCAUCUUGG